AUGGACGCACACGAAUAUAGAGAUAGAGGCAAGAAAAUGAUUGACUACAUAGCGGACUAUUUGGAGAACAUACGCGAGCGCGACGUUUUUCCUCACGUGCAACGUUUUUUGGUCUCUGCCCUCCCCGACAAUGCUCCUGAGGAAGGCGAGACUUUUGAAGACAUCUUUAAGGACGUAGAGUCUCUUAUUAUGCCUGGGAUCACGCAUUGGCAAAGUCCUUAUAUGCAUGCGUACUUUCCUGCCCUCAACAGCUAUCCGUCACUUCUGGGAGACAUGCUGGCCAAUGGAGUGAAUUGCUUAGGAUUUACAUGGGCGUCCAGUCCAGCUUGCACCGAGCUUGAGAUCGUGACCAUGGAUUGGUUGGCCAAGGCCAUUGGACUGCCCGAUGAUUUCUUACAUUCCAAGACUCAGAGUCACGGUGGAGGUGUAAUUCAAACCACCGCCAGUGAGUCGACGUUUGUGUGUCUGUGGCCGGAAGAACGGAGGCCAUUCGAGAUAUCAAACGCAUUUUCGGAUGCUGCGGAUGCUGAGAUCAACAGCCGACUGGUCUAUUUGUCGGAUCAAGCCCAUUCAUCUGUGGAGAAGGCAGGAUUAGUGGGACUGGUCAAGAUCCGAUACGUAGAGAGUGAUGAACAUUUCAGCCUCCGUGGAGACAAGCUCAGGAAGCCAUCGACUUCGAUAAAAAAAUGGGCUGAUACCCUCUUUCUUUGUGUACCCCUUGGUACAACUGCCUGCACGUUUGACAAUCUAGCGGAAUUGGGACGAUUUUGUCAAGAAGAGCAAUUGUGGCUUCAUGUUGAUGCAGCCUAUGCUGGGUCAGCAUUUAUUUGUGAAGAGCAUCGUCAUUGGAUGAGAGGAAUACAGUUUGCCGACAGCCUGGCUUUCAACCCUUCAAAAUGGCUGAUGGUACAUUUCGAUUGUACUGCAAUGUGGGUGAAGAACAGUCACGCUUUGCAUCGAACUUUCAAUGUUGAACCGCUGUACUUGAAGCACGAAAAUACUGGUCUGGCCAUUGAUUACAUGCAUUGGCAAGUACCUUUAAGUCGAAGAUUCCGCGCUCUGAAACUCUGGUUCGUUCUGCGAAAUUACGGAAUUUCCGGGCUUCAAAAGCACAUUCGAGAGAACGUGGCGUUGGCAAAAAGAUUUGAGGAGCUGGUGAAAUCUGACGAUAAUUUUGAGAUUCCGGCGAAACGGCAUAUGGGAUUGGUAGUGUUCAGACUGAAGGGAGAAAAUGAGCUCACCGAGCGUCUCCUUAAAGAAUUGAAUCAGUCGGGCAAGCUUCAUUGUGUCCCGGCAUCUUUGAAAGGGAAAUAUAUCAUUCGCUUCACCGUAACAUCGCCAAGAACCACAGAGGAAGACAUUUGCCGAGAUUGGGCCAUUAUUCAAAAAUAUGCUCAACGCCUUCUGGGAAUCAGUCCUGCGGAACCCGUCAGACGUGUUAAAUUGAAAGAUACCAAGGCUAAGGACUCCUUCUUUGGUACGAGCCUCCUGUUAGCGAAUAUUGGCCCAAACAGUCCCAACACGCCCAAGGUCAUCAAUGGGAGUUAUGCCGCUCUCUUUGAGAGUACGGAUAUCAUGGAAGAUCUGAACCAAAAAUUUGACGGGAUGAAACAAGAUCGGGGGUGGCUAAGAAAAUGGAUUCUGCCAGGCGUUACCAAAGCCAUUCCAAAGCAUAUGGUACAACCAGUAACUGUUUGGGGUCCAAAACUACCAAUUGGAUUGGGGAACUGUCCCAAAAUCAAGGCAACGGGGAGUCACGUGUAUGUCUCGGCCGAGGACACCAAAGAGUUCAGUCGGCUUUACGCCAACUUGGUGGGUCACUCCAAACAAAGCAAGGAGGUGCAAGAGCUUUUAGAUCUACUUCGCAAAUGUCAUAUAGUCUCCUAAAUGUUGAUGCAUGUGAGUCCGUGUUUCUUUUAGUCUUGUUUUUGUUGAUACGAUGCGUGUAUAGACCUGAAAUAAAAGAUCUAAUGUCUGGUGGA